AGUAAUGUAUUAAGUAAUGAAAAUGGAAUAUUUAAUAGUAUAUUUAUUUAUUUCAUUGUACACUUAUUUAUUUAAUUUACAUUCACAUUUAUUUCAUGAUGAAUUUAUGUAAUUUUGUCCCUUUCAUAUCAUAUCAUGAUUCUGAAAAUCAUCUGGAAACCCCCCACUUGGUGUCUUGCGACUCUCUGGGGGGUCUCAACCCCCACUUUGGAACCCCUGCUCUGAAUCAUUGUAGAUCUGAACGAAAUAAAGGGCUUUUGCACAUUAUUAAAAGAAAAGUAUACAGUUUCUUGAGUUUGGGAAGCGAUUUCUUUUCAUUAGCUGAGAAAAAAAAAAUCAGACAAAUAAUGUAAGUUGUACUUCAAAUUUUCCAUUUCAAGAAAAUUCUUAUUUGUCAGUGAAAAUAUUUUAAAAGUCUAUCAGCAUCAACAACCUAUACAGGCGAGCAGAAUGGGUACCAUUCUUCAAUUGCAGUCAGGGGCCGGACAAAAUCAUUCCAAGGGCCACAAAUGGUCCCUCAGCCACACUUUGGAUACCCUUGUUUUACAUGUAUUGACAGGCAUCUUAAAGAACAUAUUGUUACAGCCUUAUAGUCAUAAACAUUGCAUUUUGACAAUUGAUUGAGCACAGAUGGUUUCUUUACACUACACUCUCAUCACUAAAAUCGUAAUUAACUUUUCAUGUUGCUCAGUGUAAGUUUAGAAUCCAGGGACCUCAAAAAAUAACAUUUAAGCCCAAAUUAAAAAGCAUGGCAAAGAAAUGUGUAAGGAGAAGUUUUAAAUUCUUUGGAUAACUGCUCAUAUUUUGAUUUAAAUACGGUUUUCUGAUACUCUCACAGUAAUAGGAAUUUAUUUUUAUUUAAUAACCACUGCAGGCCUUUGAUGUAUGUGGGUGGGACUAAUUGUUGCCAGGAAACAAGAACUGACCAUCUAUUCUAUGACAUCAUUGCUUGUGUUCCUCCAUGACAUCAUCACCAGUGACUUUGAUGACCUUAAAAUCUACAGGCAUCAAGUGAUUCCAGUUCUCGUGAACCCUUGUAGCGAAUGCGUCUCUUGAGUGACUUCCUUGCGUCUAGAGAAACACUGUUUUUCAAAGAGUGAAGACAAAUCAGUCCAGUCAUCAUUCAAAGAAGCUUUGUGUUGAAAACUAAGCUUUGUGCUCAAAACCUACCAACAGAUCUUUUAUCUAUGGAGUCUGUCAGCAGAUAUUCAGCUGUGGAAGCUACCUGCCGUCAGCUAGAAACACUGGAAUUUAUCAACUCCUCAAUCCGUGAUAACAAAUCUGGUGAGUUGAACUCUGUGCCCUUAUAUACCUUUGAAGAUUUUCCUCUGCUGAACAGAGAAGAGUCCAAGAACCAAAAAGAGUCGAGCCAAAACAGCAACAUUUCGACCAAAUCUAAAGCAGAGAAAACCAGCAAAGUUACAUUUGGUCUGAUAAUGGAAAAAACUCCUGGAAAUCCAUCUUCUGCUCAGCCGGACAAAGGCCAAGACCAGCUUGAAAACGCAGCUAGAGUCCCAGUCAGACCCUCUUGGAGUGACGUUUGUGCUCCAAAGACUGUGGUAACCCCAUCACAGGCAGCUCCAGCCCCUGAUCAGAGGCCAGCGUCUCCCCCAAAGCCUGAAGACGCAAAAACACAUCCAAUUUUAAAACUUCUUCAAAGUAAGAACGCUGUUGAAGGAGGCAGUGCUGAUAAAAACACCAGAGCUACUGUCUUGGUGUCAGAGUUGGAGUUUCAUGCGGCCUUAAGCUCCAAAGAAGGGAAGAUCUCAGCACUUGAACAAAGAAAUGCCACAUUAUCAGAAAAUAUGAAUAUUCUCGUCGCACAGCUUCAGCAAAUGGAGUUAGUGCGCCAACAUGCCAACGAGACGGUGAGGCAGCUCAAGUUUGAGUUAGCUGAUGAAAGAAAUAAGGUGCAGGGAGCUGCAAUCUUCUUGCAACAAUUAGCUAGAGAAGGUGCAUCGGUCCACAAACAUGAGAACGACCAGGAGAAAAAGGCUUUGAGAGAUGAAGUGAUGAAGUUGACACAGAUAAUAGAAAAGCUGCAAACUGAGCAUGAAACUGAGGUUGCUGUUCUGUAUGAUGAGCGGAUUAAGACAAACAAAGACCGUCGAGAUGCCAUCAGAAGGGCCGACCAGCUGAAAGUAUCUCUGAUCUCAGAGAAGAACAAAACAGCAGAGACUGAGAUCUGUUUAGCCAAGCAGAUGGAAGAAACAUCUAAACUUCAAGCUGCUCUGGUCAAAAUGGAGAAAGAUUUGGAGGAACAAAGACAGCAGUGGGAGCAGGAAAAGGUCCGUCUCCUUACUAGUAACCAAGAAACAUCUGAGGUGGAAAAGCUGAAAUACCGUUUGGAGUCACAGAUGGUUGAGCAUGAAGAUGAGGUUGCUGUUUUGUAUAAUGAGCUGAUCAAAAGGAACGAGGACCGUCGAGAUGCCAUCAGAAAGGCCAACCAGCUGAAAGAAAACCUGGUUGAAGAGAAAAACAGAACAAAAGAGGCUGAGGACAGCUUAGUCCAGCAAAAGGAGGAAGCCUAUAACCUACAGGUUACUCUGGUCCAAAUGGAGAAAGUUUUGGAGGAACAGCGACAGCAGUGGGAGCAGGAAAAAUCUCAUCAUCUAAGAACCAACCAACAGGAAAGAGAUGAGGGGGAGCAGCUGAAACAGCAGUUAGAGUUACAGAAAGCUGAGGCAGAACAGGAGAUUGCUGCUCUGCAUUUGGAGCAGGAGAAUAAAAACCAAUACCAUCAAGAUGCUGCAAGAAAAGUUAUGGAACUGGAAAUGACUCUGGUUGCUGAGAAGACCAGAACAAAGGAGGCUGAGAUCUGUUUAGCUGAACAAGGGCAGGAAACCUGGAAAAUAAAGGCUGCCUUGGUCAAAAUGGAACAAGACAUGGAGAACCAAAAACUGCUCUGGGCCCAGGAAAAAUCCAGUCUUCUGGAAGAGCAGCAGAAAACUGUCAGAAAUGUGGAAGCAGCUAUGAAAGAGGCUCUGGAGGUUCUGCAUAAAGAAAGAAAACAGUGGGAAACAGAGAAGUCCUGCCUUCUAGAGACAAUUGCAACAACAAAGGAGUCUCUGAAAGAGAUGGAGGUGGAGAGAAAAACCUCAACAGAGAGUCUGACGGAGAAACUGAAAGAUCUGCAGCAGGAGAUGGACACAUUACAAGAAAAAAAACUUAAAAAGAAAUCUUCCAGGAAAAGCAUCUUCAGUGUCUUUAAAAGCUCUAAAAAGGAUCCAUCUCAGUCAGAAACUACCACUGCUAAACCUCCUGAAACCCUCCAACCAAACCAAACUGACAAAAACACUUCCUGAACCCUCUUUUCCCCAAUUAGACCAUAAACUUUAUCCUUAACUUUCAACUGUCUACCUUGAACCCUGAACUUCCCAAACCUAAAUACAGACAGUUUUCAACUAUUUUCCCUGGACCCUUUCCUCCUGGAACCUUUUAAUUUAGCCUGACCAUUUCCACUGGGUGAGAGAGGACUUAGUGACAUUCAUAGAUCAGUCAUUGCCUGAGAGACGUUUCCUAAAGCAGAAUGAACCACAAACCCACAGCAGCAGUGAAAUCUAUGGUCCAUGAAGUGGUUGUGGAUUUUAUUUGUGCCUCAGAACACUAUGACUUUAAAUGACUAAUUUAUCCUCUCUUUCCCACUGAAGACUGUAAGGAGAUGUCAUUCAUUCCAACAAUUCAAAAUGCCUGGCACUCUCCCUCCACAAAACUCUAUUUAAAUGCUUUUUUGUAAAUGAAAAAGUUCUGCCUCCCUAUCAGGGCCUUUUUCUGGGGUAGAUUUUGACCCUGAUAAUUUAUUUUCACCCUGGUAAAAAGAGUGGAGCUGCACGGUGGCACGGUUCUCAGGAGAUCUUUCUGCAUGGAGUUUGUAUGUUCUCACCGUGCAGCUGUGGGUUCUCUCCGGGUACUCCGGCUUCCUCCCACUAUUAAAAUAAUAUGCCUUUUAGAUAAUUUGUCUCUGUAAACUGCCCUUAGGGAAUGACUGUGACCAUGCAUGGUUCUUUGUCUUGUGUCUCUGUGUCAUCCUAUGAUUGACUGUCAACCCUAUAAUUAUUACUUAACCUUUUAAUCUUCACCUACCCACAAUUUCUUUGUUUUUGUUUUUACUAUAUUCAUAAAAAGAAAAUAAAUAAUAAAAA